AUGUGUGAUGCCAACCAAUCCAACGUUGAGGAAUUCAUACUUCUUGGUUUUCCAAAUAUGUCCAUGGUCAAGAUACAAUUUUUCUUCUCAAUAUUGUCACUCUAUGUCAUCAUAGUAAGCAUGAAUACUCUCCUCGUUGUGUUGGUGGCAAAAAGUAGACAGCUUGAGCUACCAAUGUUCUUUUUCCUCCAAAACCUAUCCUUGGCGGACAUCUUUCUCACCACCAAUACUGUUCCAAAGAUGCUACAAGUUAUCUUGUGGGAGGCAGUGACCAUAUCAUUCUCCGAGUGUGUAGCUCAGUUCUAUUUUCACAGUGUAGCAGGAAUCGUUGAGUGUUUCCUUCUAACUGUCAUGUCUUAUGAUCGAUAUGUGGCCAUCCACAAUCCAUUGCGUUAUGUCUCCAUUAUGGACCUUAAACAUCGGCUACAUUUAGCUCUGUGGUGCUGGUUGCUAGGUUUCCUUGUGAUGGCAAUGGAAAUGUUUUUCAUAUGGAAUUUGAAGUUUUGUGGGUUGAACACCAUUGACUUUUUCUUCUGUGAUUUUGCUCCACUGUUAGAGCUGUCCACAUCGGACACCUCCAUGGUUAUUCUGGAAGAUUUCAUCUUCUCAAUUCCAGUUAUUAUCUUGCCAUUUGUUUUCAUAAUUGUCACAUACAUCCUUAUUAUAAACACCGUCUUGAAGAUCUCCUCUAUGUCGGGAAAGAAAAAAGCCUUUUCCACAUGUAGCUCACACCUGAUCAUUGUAUGUAUUUACUAUGGGACUCUCAUUGUUGUGUAUGUUGUUCCAUCAAAUGGUACACAUGUUAACAAGUUUAUGUCCCUCUUAUACAUUUUAGUGACACCUUUGUUUAACCCCAUCAUAUAUAGCUUGAGAAAUCAUGAAAUUAAAUCUGAAAUUCUUAAAAUAAUUAAAAGGGAGAAAUAA